CUCCAGUGACGCAAUUUUCCCCUGCACUCCCACAUCCUACAAACACCAUAUAAUGAUAGAUACAAAAUAAAUAAAUGGUCAAAUGUGUUAUUGUCCUAUUCCUACACACAGGUGCGCUUAAAGUUGCAUUUUUUUCAUAAUUGACAUAAGAGAGGAGGAUUUUCAGAGGCGACGCACAGCAUCUUGAACAGGGAGAAAUCUGCAGCAUCACUUGAUCUGCAGCAUCAGCUCGCAUGUUUGCGGUCAGUCGUUGGUUUAGAAAGAAAAUAUACCCUGACAGUGAUUCCGAUGAGCGGUUCCCAGUUUCGCUCGGGAUUUUAAGGUAGCAUUGUGCCCACAUGGGCAGUGUUCUGGCUUUGUCUUCCAAUCCAGGCCACCAUAACUGGCCUUUCUCCAAGGAUCAUCUUCCUUCUCGUUGGGACGCUCAUCCAGCCCAUUGGGACCGUCCACCACGCUGGGAGAGGAGAGAUGGGAGACUCCCCAACCCUGGCAGCUUCCACUCUCUCCAUAGGAGCUGUAAAGAUGUUUUUCCUCAUCAGAUUGAAGGUGUCAAGAUGAUAGUAAAUAAAACUUUGAGCAGCUUUUUCAAGGUCAGUCAUACUCUCCACCUUAGUGCUGUUAGUCCUUCCUACUAUCGGUUCCACGUGGAGCAUCUGCAGUCUGACGACUACAGCAAGGACAAGGAUGCUCCAGCUCUGAUUGGAGAGAUGGACUCUUCAGGUAGUCUGAACGCUCACGCUCUCCUUCAUCUCACCGAGCGUGUUCGAGCCAGAACAGUUUUCCAGAGCCAGCAGUCUCAGUUUGUAACCUGGCAGUUUGAAACCGAGUACAGGGGGAGUGACUUUACUGCUGCGGUGACAGUGGCCAACCCAGACAUCCUCAGAGAGUCUGUCAUCCUGGUGGCACAUUUUCUGCAGAGUGUGUCAUCUAGCCUGGUGUUGGGAGGAGAACUGGUGUACCACAGAGGACGAGCCGAGGAAGGAGGAAUCCUGACCCUGGCUGGACAGUACUCGAGACCAAACUGGGUUGCGACCCUUAAUGCUGGCAAAGGGGGCGCCCAUGCUAGCUACUAUCACAGAGCCAACAAACAGAUCCAAGUUGGGGUGGAGUUUGAGGCCAGCACCAGGACGCAGGAGACCACCAUGUCCUUUGGGUACCAGAUGGAGCUUCCAGAGGCCAACAUGGUUUUUCGAGGUAGUCUAAGGUAUGAUCAACAGCCGGUGCAUCAUUGGAGGCGUGUUGGAGAAGCGCCUAACCCCGCUACCUGCCACUCUAAUUAUGGGAGCCUUUGUGAAUCACAGAGGUGACAAGCUGCAGGUUGGCCUCGGCGUCAAUGUUGGAUGACCUUUCCCAUACGCAAACUGUACAGGAGUGUGAGGACAUCAAACCAGAGACAUACAUUUGAGCUUUUCUUUAAAGCACUGACAUGAAGGAUGUGUCUGAUGCACCAAAAAUGUUCUCUUUGUAUCUCACCUUGCAACCUACCUCCAAAUAAUAAGGUUAUGUUGGUGAAAGCUCUGUCCCAGAGGAAUGGAUGCUACUUCAGAAGGGUGCAACUAUGGGGUGAACUUUGUU